AUGAAGUUUGAGAAUCGCGUUCUUGUUGUAAUCUCCAUCGGUUUUCUGAUUUUGAGUAUCUCGGUUAAAUGUUCAGAUCUGUCGCAAUUCUGGUCAAUAGCGGAUGAAGUAAAAGACGCAUUUGGCCCAGUUUUAAAUGAAGCGGAAGACGGAAUUGGUCCAGUUUCUUCUUUUAAUUUAGAUAAAGCUGAAAAGGCAUUGGGUCCGAUUCCAUCUUUGGAUGAUGCAAGACAGGGACUUGGUCCAAUUUCAUCGUUGGACUUUGACAAAGCUAGGGAUGCGCUUUCCCCGGUUGUAGACGAAGCCAAAGAGAAACUUGGGCCUAUAUCACCUUCGACUGUAGAAAAAGCAAAAUCUGUGACAACUAAAGCGUUAGAUAAGGUUGAAGAAGGUUUUGAUUCCAUUGCGUCCUGGAUCUCACAAAACAAAGUGGAUGUAUCUUCUUAUUUGGAGAUAGCACAAAAGGAAUUUGGGCCAGUUUCUUCCUUAGAUCUUGAUAAAGCUAAAGAGGUAUUGGCUCCCAUUUCACCUUCUUUAAAUGAAGCGUUACCACCUAUUUCACCUUCAACUGUAGAUGAAGCAAAAGAUGCAUUAGGGCCCGUUAUUUCACCUUCUGUUGUAGAUGAAGCAAAAGAUGCAUUAGGUUCUGAAGCCAUCGAUGAGGCUAAAAAAAAAUUAGGCUCAAUUACAUCAUUGUUUUCACAAAAGCAAAACACAGAGGAAAUAUCUGAAGCCGAGAAAGAAUCGAGUCCAGUUGCUUCUACUUCUACUGAAUUAGAUAAAGAUGAAGCGAAAGAGGCUGUAGGUUCAUUUUCUCAUAAAGCGUUGGACGAGGCUAAAGGAAAAUUUGGCUCACUUUCUUCCUUGAUUUCCCAAAACAAAGAGGAAAUAUCUAAUGCUCCAUCCCCUGCUUCACCUUCAACUUUAGAUGAAGCAGAAGUGGCGAUAGGUUCAAUUUCUUCUGAAGCCUUAGAUGAAGCUAAAGAAGCAUUUGGCUCAAUUACGUCCUUCUUUUCCAAAAACAAAGUGCAGAUAUCUUCCCAGCUGGCUCCAAUUUACUCUCCUGUUUCACCUUCAACUUUAGAUGAAGCAAAAGAUGCAAUAGAUUCAUUUUCUAAUAAAGCGUUAGAUGAAGCUAAAGACAAAUUUGGCUCAAUUUCAUCAUUCUUUUCCCAAAACAAAGAGGAAAUAUCUUCUUUUUCUUCUUCUUCGAUAUAUAUUGAUCAUGACGUUGCUUUGGCAAUCGAAUCGCUCAUUAAGCAAGGCCUAUCAAACUCAAAAUUAGCUAUUGAGGAGGCUAGGAAGCUAUUGAGUGUUACCGAAACUAUUGCUUCACCAGACAGAGCAACAUGCGUCAAAAAUUGUAUGGACAAUUACGUAUCGUGUUUCGACAGCUUUAACAAGGCUAUGGAAGAACUUACAGCUCGCAAUGCUGAACAGAUGACAGAUGAUGUCACUUCAGUGGAGGGAGACAUAUCUGCUUGUCAAAAGUGCUUUUUAGAGAACAAUGAAGUAAAACAAUCUUCGUUGAAGGAUUUGGAGGAGGCCAUCCUCAAGUCUACUCGUGAGUGCUUAAACGUUCUUCAUCAUUCUGGUUGA